AUGAUGGCGAGCGACGGAAUUGAUCGAAUGCAUCAACCAUCCACAGGCACAAGGGCCAAUGAAGGAGCGACACCAGCACCAGUCCCGACAACAACCUUUUUGAAGAGAACCGCAGCAGCAACGACACCAGCAGUCUCCACUACAGACAGCUAUCGAGUGAUUUUUCCAAAACGAGAAGGACUUGACUGUGGCAAUCAAUAUUCAGCAGUUCAUCAACCCCGCUAUCUCAUUCCACCCCACAGCGACGCUGCUGCCGUGUUGAUGGGCAAUGCGAUGUCAGAUGGCCAGGAGCGCAAUCAACAGACACAAAAUCAAGCUCCGCGACACAGAUAUCCUCAUCAUCAAACAAGAACCGUGAACAACUCCAAUUCUGAAUUGCCACUUCCAGCACAGCCGCCGGCGCCACGGUCCAACUUGUCCGCUCUCCUGGAGAAUCAACAACCACGGCAGCAGCAACAACAACAAACCAAUGCCGCCCAAUCGCCAGCAGCAACAUUUCCGGUAUCAGAAGAGCUAUGUACGUGCAACCAAGCAUCGUCGCCGUCCACAGACUCCAAACACGGAGAAGCCGAUUCUGCCUCUGGACCAGCACCGCCGCCACCAGCACCACCACUUCCCAGCGUCCCGUUGGGAAGAUCGGCUCCCGCUAUCGUCACGAACGUGCCUUCCAACCGACGGCGGUAUUCAGCUGGAGCAAUGCUGGGGACUCCUCCCAUGGCCCUCCACAAGGAAUGUGUCUGUGGCGCUGAGGAGGCAGCAGCAACAGAAUUCGAGCAACGUGUACAACAGAAUGCAGAUGUCCUUACAAAUCCUGAUGUACCAUCCAGCGGCAGAGUGAGAAGCUGCCUCUCCAGCAAGGAGCUGGGAAUGCUAGCCCCUCCUUCAGGGUCUCCCUAUGUAGCAAUGCUGAGUCAAAGAGAAUUGCUAGAGAAUGCAAUGACAGAAAAGUGGAGCGAAAAGCGUGAUUGCUUGCACCUCGAAGUCACACCAUCCACUUCCCCUGUCCCGGACAAGGCGCCCAUUCACAACCUAGCGGUCGGAAGCAGUAGCAACGAUAUCUCAACAUCGUCGUCGCAACAGAGCGGCAGUAGUGCAUCGCGAAAGGCGGGAGCCAAUGAGAACCGCAAUCGACGUCGUGCAGCUCACAACCGAGCAGUGGUCGAAGAACUUUGUGAGAUUGUAGCAGACCUCUUCGUGGCGGAGUCCAAGCUGAUCAAACCAUCCAACUAUGGUGUAUCACGUUCUUUGGAAAGAGGGAACGUCCUUAAGAGUAUCCAAAAGUUCGUCGCAGCCUUGCCAACCAGGUACGCACUUGGUGCCGACACGCCGUCAGAAGUGUUGCUUCACAUGCGUCUGAUGGCAGUGGCACGGUCCGACCCAGUCAAAUGCGUUGUGCAUAUUAUCAAUCUAGACAACGACUCCUACUGGACCGGCAAUGGAGUGCAUGGCAGUAAAGGUGCACAGCGAAACUUGAGGCUCGUUACCAUUGCUUGUUCGGAUGCGUUGGGCCUUCUCGAGUACAUUACCAAGCUUUUGGGAACCGGAGGAUCCCGAGUGUUGGACGCCGAUGUUAUGUUGAGUUCAGACCGCAUUGUGUUGGACCGCUUCGUUGUGGAAAUGAACGGAAGGCUGCGUCUAGACAAGCUCGCCAAUCUCAUUGAAGCCUUCCUCAAGAAGGCACGAGCAAAGGUAGAGCAUGAUCGAGAGCAUCAAGAAGACUGCAGCUGCCAAGAUAGUUCUCAGGAAACCCAAUCGGUCAUGGCUUCUGGCCCGUUGUACUUCAACCCCACAAAGCACCAGUCGAGCAACAAUCUUGUGCGAAGAGAUGUCCGAGCAGAAAUCCAGGGCGCAGUUCCACUUACAGAAGUACUCGCCACCCCAAACCAACACGACGUCAGGCUGGAUCCUCAGUUCGAGACUCUGAAAAGACAUUUCAGCAUGCCCAAUGAGCUGGCAUGUCGUUCGUUGCGUGGGCAACAUCUGCAGAAUCCGGGUAUCUUCACUCCUAGCCUAUCGGGUAUCCACCGUAGCAAUCAGUCACCCGUGCAGAAUGUCAACCUCCUACCUCGACCAGCUGAGGCAUCCUUUGAUGCCAUUAGCGACCCCGCCAUGAGCGGAAUUGCCAUCGAAACAGUGCCUGACAGCCAGAGCAUGCGCCAAAAGAGACCACUUGUCAAUCGCCAUGGCAGUUCGGAUCUGGACAGAAUUGGGCUGGAAGGCGACUCCGAGUCCGUAGCUGAUUUCGUCACUGUCCCAUCCCAGGAAGGAAACAACAGUCGCGUGGUGGAAGCUCGAGUUGUGCCGUUGAUCCCCUUUGACGAACUGAUGCUCAUAGAAAACAUUGGCAUGGGUCGGGUUUCCACGAUCUACCGAGCGGCGUGGCAGAAUCCAAUGGUGGUUCAGAUGGUAGCUUUGAAGGUUGCCAUGGUGAACCCCGAGACGAGAGACAUGGCACAUGUCGACGAGUUGCGUCGUGAAGCCGACAUUGCGGCUCGCAUCCAGCACCCCAAUGUCUGUGAGCUGGUGGGCGUGGCGGCAGAUGCCGAAUGCUUCUGCCUGGCGUACGACUAUUGUGAAGGAGGCUCUGUGUUGUCCUUGCUUUCAGACACAUCACGAUACUACGAGUACUUGCCCAUUGCCCUUGACGUGGCCAACGGCAUGGCACAUCUACAUUCCCGCGACAUCAUUCAUAGAGACCUGAAACCAAGCAACAUCCUCCUCACUCGAGAUCAGCGAGCCAAGAUUGCAGAUUUCGGAAUGAGCGUUGCCAAUGCAGGUCAGGAACUCACUGCCGAGACCGGAACGUACAGGUACAUGGCUCCCGAGGUGAUCCGCCACGAAUCUUAUUCCAGCAACGCCGACGUCUACAGUUUUGGCAUCUUCCUGUGGCAGCUCAUAACACGUCAAGUCCCCUUUGCUUCCAUGACUCCUGUUCAGGCUGCCUAUGCGGUUGCCGAGGGUCGACGACCGGAAAUCCCGCCGUCAACUCCCCCACGCCUCAAGGAGAUCAUCGAGGCAUGCUGGAACCAGGACAGUCACCAGCGUCCCUCUUUCACGUACAUUGCCAUGGCUUUGGCCGACUAUGCCAAGCUCUCAUUUUCUCCCGCCAGUGUGGGCGCACAGACUCUUCAAAUUGCCAAUGACAUGUUGGCCACUGUGGAGGGCAACUCCAAUAUCAACGUUGACUUCACCGCACCAGUUCCAGACCCAUACAUUCUGAACCUCGACGAGAAUGUUGGGUUGGAGAUUUGA